AUGUGGCUUUACAAUGUGUUGCUGGGUUUUGACCUCAAGGUGUUGUUUUUGUUUAUUUUCGUUUUUAUUAUAAUAGCAGACUUCCUCAAAAACUGGAGUCCUCCAAAUUUUCCUCCAGGACCGUUGUCUCUUCCCCUGGUGGGGAAUUUAUUAAGUGUGGACAGGAAACAUCCAUACGUUUAUUUUACAAAUCUGUCUGAUGUCUAUGGGAAUGUGUGCAGCAUCUGCCUCGGUGGUUUCAAGAUGGUGUUUGUCUCUGGGUACAAGGUGGUGAAGGAAGCCUUAGCGACACAAGCCGACAACUUCAUGGAUCGUCCAUACCAGGCAAUGGCCAACAGGGUAUACUUAGGAGAAACAGGCGGUCUGUUCAUGAGCAACGGUGAAACUUGGAAGAAACAGCGACGCUUUGCCUUGUCUACCUUACGCAACUUCGGCCUGGGCAAAAGCACCAUGGAGCAGAGUGUCUGUGAGGAGAUCCGACACCUGCAGGAGGAGAAGGAGAAAGAUGAACCUUUCAACCCAGCAGGCCUCUUGAACAAUGCUGUGGCCAACAUCAUUUGCCAGCUGGUGAUGGGGAAACGGUUUGACUACAGCGACCACAACUUCCAGAUCAUGCUGAAAUAUCUCUGCGAAAUUCAUAGGCUGCAGGGCUCUGUAUGGGGUAUGAUGUAUGAGGCCUUCCCUGGAGUGAUGAAGCACUUGCCAGGUCCUCACAACAAAAUCUUCAGCCACAUCAAUGCCAUCCUGGAAUUCAUCAGUCAGGAGGUGGAGAGCCACAAGAAGGACCUGGACCACAGCGAUCCCCGGGACUACAUUGACGCCUUCAUCAUUGAGAUGGAGAAUCAUCAUGAGUCCGGUCUGGGCUUCACUGAGGCCAAUCUAGCUCUGAACUCUCUGGAUAUCUUCCAGGCUGGAUCGGAGACAACCUCCAUCACUCUGCUGUGGGCUUUGGUAUUUCUCAUAAAAUUCCCCGACGUCCAGGGUAGGUGGCAUGCUAUGCCCCACAGUGAAACCAACACUUUUGACUUGGAUGACGUGAAGUAG